UAGAACAUCAUUCAAUCAGACUUUUAAUUUGAUUUUACUGAUCAUGUAUAUAUAGGAUUAAAGCCAUUUGUGACACUCUUUCAUGGGGAUGUUCCCCAAGCUUUAGAAGAUGAAUAUGGUGGUUUCUUAAGCCCUCGUAUUGUCGAUCAUUUUAAAGACUAUGCGGAACUUUGUUAUAAGGAAUUUGGUGAUCGAGUCAAGCACUGGUUCACGGAAAAUGAGCCAUAUACUUUUAGUUACAUGGGUUAUGCUGUUGGUACUCAAGUACCGGGACGCUGCUCUUCUUGGCAAAACCUAAACUGCACCGGUGGAGAUUCAGCCAUUGAACCAUACUUGGUGGCACACCACCUUCUUCUUGCUCAUGGAGCAGCUGUAGAAUUGUACAAGAAUAGAUAUCAGGCAACUCAAAAAGGCCUGAUAGGGAUAACAUUGGUGUCAGACUGGUUUGAGCCUGCUUCGGAUUCAAAGCAAGAUAAAGAUGCUGCCUUACGAUCUUUGGAUUUUAUGUUUGGAUGGUUUUUGGACCCAUUAACAAGUGGUGACUAUCCACACACCAUGCGAUCAAUUGUUGGGAAAAGAUUGCCCAAAUUCACAAAAGAACAAUCCAAGUUGCUAAACGGAUCAUUUGAUUUUCUUGGAAUAAAUUAUUAUACUGCUAGAUACGCAAGUAGUGCACCCAACAACAAUUCACUACCGGCAAGCUACGUAACAGAUUCUCGAGCUGAUCUUACAACUGAGCUUAAUGGAGCACUCAUUGGUCCACAGGCUGCUUCAGAUUGGUUAUAUGUAUAUCCAAAAGGAAUUCACGAUCUUGUGCUUUACACAAAGGAAAAAUAUAAUGAUCCACUAAUUUAUAUUACUGAGAAUGGUGUAUCAGAGUUGAAUAAUCCAGAACUAUCACUUGAAGAGGCCCUUCAUGAUACCAGUAGAAUUGACUACUACUAUCGUCACCUGUGUUACCUUCAAGCGGCGAUCAAAAAUGGCGCGAAAGUGAAGGGAUACUUUGCAUGGACAUUGUUAGACGACUUUGAAUGGACUGCCGGAUACACUGUCCGAUUUGGUUUAAACUACGUGGAUUAUAAAGAUGGCCUGAAAAGAUACCCAAAACUCUCAGCACACUGGUUCAAAAAUUUUCUUAAGAAGAAUAAAUUCAAAGAAAGCUACAGUUCAUUAUAAACAUUUAAGUGGAUAAUUUUUUUAUUUUUUUUUAUGUAUUUAUAUUUCAAUUCCUUAUGCAUUUGUAUUUCCUUGCAAUAAUGUAAACAUUCUUUGAGAUUCAAUAAUUCAAUAAAAAGCUAUAAGUGCUGUGAAUGCUACAAUAAAA